CUCUAUCUCUCUCUCUCUCUCUCUCGCGGAGUCGUAGUGACCGACGCCAGAAAACCACUUCCUUGGUUUCGCUUUAGAUCGAUCGAUCGGUCCAACGAAGAAGCUGUCUCUCGGUGGUCCUCAAGAUGCGAGCAGACUAAUCUAAUGGCUUCGAGGAGCGAGGCGAGCAGUGAAAGGAACGGCUUUUGUCGGUUCUUCCCUCACGAUUUCUGACGAUUGGUUCUUGGAGCUUCCGCAAUGACGAAGAGAAGGAAGCGUGAGGUUUCAGCUGCAUUGAAGCUUCUGCUAUCGUGUUGAUUCCGAUCUGUUAGAGCUUUUCAGCAAAUUAGUAGCUCCAGGAGGCCAAAUUUGGUGGAAGGAAGAGGAGAAGCGAUGUACAGAUCUCAUCCGGUGCCGCCGUUGAAAGAUCUCAACCUUCCUUACCCGUCCGCCGGUCCUUUCGGUGUGCAGCGAACAGAGGAACCUGGAUCCGAUCUGCUCGUUCACCACCACCACCACCACCACCACCAGCAGAUGAGCUCGGGCCUCCUCCGGUAUCGAUCGGCCCCAAGCUCGCUGCUCGGUGAAGUCUGCGAGGAAUUCGACCCUGUUAGUGCCGCCAGCCACGAGACCGAGACCAUGUACGCCCGCUUCUUGGCGCCGGAUCCCCGCGACGAGGUCCGUGACAAGCCCUCAGGUGUCGCCGCCUCUUCUGCUGGCCACAGCAGUCCUCACGUUCCGCCGCCGCCUGCGGCGCCGGAGGUUAACGAGCAGCAGAGCAGAGGCUUCUCCUCUGCUCCGCACACGAUGUUCCACCUUCAGCAGCAGCAACCGCAGCAGAUGCCGAGCCAUAGCUCGGUGGAGAGCUCGUUUCCGGUCUCCGGCAGCUCCUCCAGUCUCAUUAGGCAAAGCAGCUCCCCUGCUGGCUUUCUUUCUCACUUGAACGCUAAUAGUGGCUAUGGCAUGAUGAGAGGGAUGGGUGGUUUCAGAGAUGGAAGUGGCUUCAUGAUGGAUGGAACACACAGAUCGAAGGGCCAACUAAGCUUCCCAUCGAGGCAAAACUCUGUCUUGUCGCAUAUCUCCGAGAUGGAGAGUGAGGAGGCCAUGGAGGGGAGCAGCCCCAGAGAGCGCAGCGGCGAUGGCCGGAGUUUCAUUUCGGCAUUCUCGGUCGCCUCUUGGGACGAGUCCUCUCUGUUCAACAACAGCUUCUCGGGCCUGGAAAGAGGCAGAGAGGGCGAGGAAAAGAUGACUGCAGGUCUCAUCUCACUGGAACCUCAGAAUGGUGAGGGGAGAAACCACGCCUCAGGCGUCCCCCAUCAGCUUAGCUUGCCCAAGUCCUCGCCGGUCAUGACCGCCAUCGAGAAGUUCCUGCAGAUCCACGAUGCAGUCCCCUUCAAGAUCAGAGCUAAACGGGGUUGCGCCACCCACCCGCGAAGCAUCGCCGAGAGGGUGAGGAGGACUCGGAUCAGCGAGAGGAUGAAGAAGCUCCAAGAACUGGUCCCUAACAUGGAUAAGCAAACCAAUACAGCCGACAUGCUGGAUUUGGCGCUGGAUUACAUCAAGAAUCUCCAGAAACAAGUAAAGGCAUUGUCGGAAAGCCGGGCGAGCUGCAGCUGUUCGGCCAGCACUCACAAGCUAUACUGAUCGAAGCAGGGAAGGCGAAGGAAACGCAUCAACGACAGCUAUAUGCUUACAGUGUCUCGAGUGUUUGCGUUUCGUUCCAUAUACUAGUCAUUUCGUCAACCACUUGGCCACACACACACACUGGCACGCAAAAAAGGUGGAGUGUGUUGCUGGGUUGAUGACCAACGGGGGAAGACCUUGCCAUAAAUGGCCAUUUGGCUUAUGAAAGCAUGUCUCAGGUAGCUGAUCUGGGUGGGGCACCCAUGUUUUUCUUGCCAUGAUUAGCAAUCUAAGCUUGAAUCCAUUGUCAAAA